UCGGUUAAAAGGCCUCUCCAAACCAAGCUCCCGGGCUGACUUUCAACCCCAGCCCGCCCCUGCUGAGGUAUAAUAGUACCAGAUUUUGACCAGCAGGGGUCAGGAAGCGCCUCUCUUAUCUCGCCCUGUGUGAUGCCCGCUCUCUGCCGCUGGGGGGCGCUCGCUCCCCUGGUCCUCCCCGGGGGUCUAAUGGAAGGAUGGCGGAGGCAGGGGUACCGGAGUCUGCCGCGGUCCGGUGCCUGGACGAGUCGUCGGACAGCGAGCCGGAGCAGGAGCCCGGAACUCCACAGAAACUCAUCCGAAAAGUGUCCACAUCCGGUCAGAUUCGCAGCAAGACGGUGUUGAAGGAGGGGAAUCUACUGAAACAGACAAACUCAUUCCAGCGUUGGAAGAGACGAUACUUCAAACUGAGAGGGAGGACUCUGUACUACGCUCAGACUGCCAAGUCGAUCAUCUUUGAUGAAGUGGACCUGACUGAUGCCAGUGUGGCUGAGUCGAGCACCAAGAACGUCAACAACAGCUUCACAGUGAUCACCCCCUGCAGACGUCUUAUUCUGUGUGCAGACAACAGGAAGGAGAUGGAGGAGUGGAUGGCAGCUCUGCGCAGCGUCCAGAACAGACAGAACUAUGAGUCCACCCAGUACAGCAUGGACCACUUCAGUGGGAUGCACAACUGGUACGCCUGUUCUCACGCCAGACCAACCUACUGUAACGUCUGCAGAGAGGCACUGUCAGGAGUGACAUCACAUGGCCUGUCCUGUGAAGUGUGUAAAUUUAAGGCUCAUAAGCGCUGUGCAGUCAGAGCCACCAACAACUGUAAGUGGACCACUUUGGCUUCUAUUGGGAGGGACAUCAUUGAGGACGAGGAUGGGGUGUCGAUGCCUCAUCAGUGGUUGGAGGGGAACCUGCCGGUCUCUGCUAAAUGUAACGUCUGUGACAAGACAUGUGGCAGCGUCCUCCGACUGCAGGACUGGAGGUGUCUCUGGUGUAAAGCCAUGGUGCAUUCAGGCUGUAAGGAGCAGCUGUCCUCUAAGUGUCCUCUGGGUCAGUGUAAAGUGUCCGUCAUCCCUCCGACGGCUCUCAACAGCAUCGACUCUGAUGGUUUCUGGAAGGCUUCGUGUCCUCCAUCCUGCACCAGUCCUCUGCUCGUCUUUGUCAACUCUAAAAGUGGAGACAAUCAGGGUGUCAAGUUCCUGCGACGCUUCAAACAGCUGCUGAACCCGGCGCAGGUGUUUGACCUGAUGAAUGGAGGACCACACCUGGGUCUGCGUUUGUUCCAGAAGUUUGAUACGUUCAGGAUCCUGGUGUGUGGAGGAGACGGCAGUGUUGGCUGGGUUCUGUCUGAGAUCGACGCCCUGACACUGCACAAACAGUGUCAGUUGGGAGUUCUUCCUCUGGGGACCGGGAACGAUCUGGCCCGCGUUCUGGGCUGGGGUUCUGCCUGUGAUGAUGACACUCAGCUGCCUCAGAUACUGGAGAAACUGGAGAGAGCGAGCACCAAGAUGUUAGACAGGUGGAGUAUCAUGGUCUAUGAAACCAAGUUUCCACGGCAACACUCUGCCUCCACCGUCACUGAGGACUGCAGUGAUGACUCUGAGGUGCAGCAGAUUCUCACCUAUGAGGACUCAGUGGCUGCUCACCUGUCCAAAAUUCUGAGCUCAGACCAACACUCUGUCGUCAUCUCCUCUGCCAAGGUCCUGUGUGAGACCGUGAAGGACUUUGUGGCUCGUGUUGGUAAAGCAUAUGAGAAGAACACAGAGAGUUCAGAGGAGUCGGAGGCCAUGGCCAAGAAGUGCGGUGUGCUGAAGGAGAAACUCGACUCAUUGCUGAAGACUCUGAAUGAAGAGUCUCAGGCCUCCACCAUGCCCCACCAGGCUCCUCCACCCACCAUUGCUGAAGAGCAGGAGGAAGUGGAGGGAGUUGUACUGCCUCCUCCUCCCCUUCAUCAUCAUCAUCCUCCUCACACGUCCUGCUCCCCACGGACAAACACCUCCUCCUCCUCCUCUGCAGCCGCAGCCAUCUUUAAACCUAGAGAACAACUGAUGCUGAGAGCCAACAGUCUGAAGAAAGCCAUCAGACAGAUCAUCGAACACACUGAGAAAGCUGUAGAUGAGCAGAAUGCUCAGACUCGGCAGCAGCUAUUCCCUGUCAGUCGGGAGGAGGAAGAGGAGGGUCUAGUGGAGGAGGAAGAGGAUAUGGAGGAGGACGAUAAGAUGUCUCUGCAGUCAUCCUACAGCAUCAAACACCGCAACACUCGCAGAGUCAGUAAGACGCCCUGCGAGAAGCUGAUCAGUAAAGGCAGCCUGUCACUUGGCAGCUCUGCAUCACUUCCUGUCCAGACAGGAAGUAGGGAGAACAUGCCCAUGCUCAACACAAAGAUCCUCUAUCCAGGUCUCAGGGGUAUCUCAAGUUCUCUCUCCAGCAGUUCAGUCAUCAGUCGACUGCUGGUGAAUGCCGACCCAUUCAGCUGUGACCCUGACAACAUGGACUGCUAUACUGAAAAGUGUGUCAUGAACAACUACUUUGGAAUCGGAUUGGAUGCUAAAAUCUCUCUGGACUUCAAUAACAAGAGAGAUGAACAUCCAGAGAAGUGCAGGAGUCGAACUAAGAACAUGAUGUGGUAUGGUGUUCUGGGAACCAAAGAGCUGCUGCACAGAACCUACAAGAACCUGGAGCAGAGGGUCCUACUCGAGUGUGAUGGGAGGCCCAUCCCUCUGCCCAGUCUGCAAGGCAUCGCUGUGCUUAACAUCCCCAGUUACGCAGGAGGAACCAACUUCUGGGGAGGAACUAAAGAAGAUGAUACAUUCACGGCUCCGUCCUUCGAUGAUAAGAUCCUGGAGGUAGUAGCGGUCUUUGGCAGCAUGCAGAUGGCUGUUUCCAGAGUCAUCAACCUGCAGCACCACCGCAUCGCUCAGUGUCGGACGGUGAAGAUCACUAUCCUGGGUGAUGAAGGUGUCCCAGUACAGGUGGAUGGAGAGGCUUGGGUCCAGCCUCCAGGUUACAUCAAGAUCAUCCACAAGAACCGAACCCAGACACUCACCAGGGACAGGGCAUUUGAAAGUACCCUGAAAUCGUGGGAGGACAAACAGAAGUGUGAGUUUCCGCGGACCCCGCCACCUCAGGCCCCUCAGCCCCUCCUGUCCUCACAACCAGAAAUUGUCUCUGAGGAAGAGGCAUCACUCGUCAGUGAGUUUGGUCAGGCAGCAGGAGCUCUCAUACACAGCAUCCGUGAAGUCGCUCAGUCUCACCACAGUCUGGAACAGGAACUGGCCCAUGCUGUCAACGCCAGCUCAAAAGCAAUGGACGUGGUCUACGCCAACUCCAAGAGCUCAGGGGCUCUGAGCUGCAGCGUUGUCCUUCAGAUGGUGGAAAAUGUCAAAGCCUUACUCAGUGAGACUGAGCUGCUCCUGGCAGGGAAGAUGUCCAUGCAGCUGGAUCCACCUCAGCAGGAACAGUUGAAUGCAGCUCUGAGUUCUGUGGCCCAGCAGCUCAGACGGCUGGCUGACGUUCCCUGGUUGUGUUCCAUCAUCGACCCCUCAGACCAUGAGGGUCCCUUGACAGAUUUCUCAAAGCGAAGUCGAAGUGCAAAGUUCCGUCUCGUCCCGAAGUUCAAGAAGGACAAAAACAACAAGAACAAAGAGACCUGUGCUACUCUCUCACUGCCAGUUCACCAGUGGGGGACAGAGGAAGUUGGAGCGUGGCUGGACUUUCUCUGCCUCACUGAAUAUAAGGACAUCUUUAUUGGCCAUGACGUCCAGGGGGCUGAACUUAUCCACCUGGAGAGGAGGGACCUGAAGGACCUUGGCGUGACGAAGGUGGGUCACAUGAAAAGGAUCCUUCAGGGCAUCAGAGAGCUCAACAGGAACAGCAGCGCCAGCGAGGCCUGACCGCACACAGCAGUCAGCUCUCCUCCUACCUCUGCUGCCAUCGACAACCUCAACUGAACUCUGACCUCGAACCAGCACAUCUGGACUCAAACACUGGGACUGAACCAGGACCCUGACUCGCUCACUCUGUUACUGGACCGGGACUCAGUCUGUCUCUGCUCAGCUUGGUGACACACAAUACACCUUCAGAGAGAAUCAAUCAGAAGAUCCAUUAGUGCCUUGUCAUCUCACCCACUGACAAAUCAGAUCAUCAGUAUUCAGGGGCAAACAUGAAGGGCUGCACCAGAACCAUAAACACACUGGGCUGUGAUUACAGAAACAAGAUGGCCGACAGAUGAGAAAGAAAUGAGCUAUCUGGUUAGAUGAACUCACUGAUAAAUAUGCUGUCAGCAGAAUUGUUUUGUCCUCUUGUUGUUAUUUUAUGGUUCAGAUUUGGCAGUAAAUGGUUCUUCUUCACCCCACGAUGAACUUGUCCACCAGGUGUGAUGAGGAUCGGGAGUCAGCUGGUCCUGAAAUCCUUGACAGCAGCAGAGACUCCAUGAGGAGCCUGACUCACAUGGAACCAGAUCAGAGCCUGAUCACGUCUAUAGAUGGCUCUUACCUUUGCUUCAGGUUUUGUUAGACUGAACCAGCUGGAGUUAACAAGGCUUGGGUUUUGUUCAAUGUUACUCCACACACCAUGUCAGGUGCCUAACUGUUGAACCAGGGCUCACCUGAGCAGCCAACCAAUCAGAACCUCCUCCGGUCCCAAACUUGAUGUACCGGGAUGCAACAGAACCCUUUAAAUUGUCACAGGAAAAUGUUAAGAACCGUUUUAUAUCAUUAAAGAAGACAUUAAUGACACCCAGUGGAGACAGUUUAGGGACGGACACUGAGGUUGGAUUAGACUGACUGACAGAGUUUUCUGUUAAAACACAUUUAUUUCUCUGGUUGAUGUUUAGAGUUCAUUAGUAAAACAGGAAGUGAUGACGCUUGGAGAGACAAUCCUGAACACAUCAGGCUGUUUGACGAAGACUCUGCAGCGACGUAAAGGAGCUGUGUUUCCUGUCUGAUGUUUCCCGUCUGUCUGCCUGUGUGUCCUUCUGUUUUAGGGACCAAACAAAGUCAACACAUUCAGCCUCACAAAAAUUCAUGUUUUGUUAAUCAGAUAAACUCAGAACUGUUUUUUUUUAAUGAUUCAUCUUCACACUCUGAGCCUUAAUAACUUCAGCUGAGAUGACUGCGGAAUCAAUUCAUCCUCUUAAUAAAUCAAACGUCAUCACAGAUUUAACGUUCUUGAGUUUUUUGUAGUUAAAUGACGUUGCAUUGUUUUUACAUCUAAUAAACCAAAUGAUCAAUUGAGAAUUGAUCCUGUCACAG